GGCAGCGGGCCAGGGCGGGCAGCGGCAGGUCGCCAUGGCGACCAGAAGCCGCCUUCCCGCCCACCCAGCUUGCCGGCGCGCGCGCCUCCCGAUUGGGCGAGGUCGGCGGGGCGGGGCGGGGCUUCGCGCGCAGCCAGCCAGUCGCCGGGCCGCCAGCAGGUUCGGCCGGCAAAUCGCCCCGGAGAAGGCCGCCGUCCGGGCUGCGCUGAUUGGGCGGGGGGCGGGGCCAGGAGCCGGCUGCGGUUGGACGCGGGGCACGCCGGGGGCGGGGCUUCCGCUUGCAGCGCCCUCGUUUGAACUGCCAGGAGGAGGAGGAGGAAGAUGGAGAGAGACGCGAAGGAGGCCGCCGCCGCCGCCGACGGUGAAGGUGAGGCUUCUGCAGGCCUGCGUCGUGGAUCUGAGUGAGCAGGACGCGGUCCUGGUUCAGACGGUCGAAGAACUGGAGAGCCAGAUGCCUGAGCUCCUGAAAGUGGCUGCAGCAGAGGCAGGACAGCAGCCCCCGUCCCUGGCUCCGCGCCGCCCGAUGCCAGCCGAACGCCGCUCAGGAUCCACAGCCACCCAGGCAGUGCUGGAGCAAGAGGGGCUGCGGUCUCUGGCGGCCCUGCGGGAGCUGCGGGGAGAGGCUGGCCGCCGCCAGGAGGAGCUGGAGGCAGAGGUGCCGCACUGCGAGGAGAUCGUUCAGGAGCUCCAGGAAGAUCUGGCCGUGUCUCCAGCCUCCCAGGGUGCCGCUGAAGGCAGCUCCUGCCGCCAGGAAGAGGAGGAGGAGGAGGAGGCGGCAGCGGCCCCGCAGCAGCAGCAGAAGGAGCGCCUCUUGCAUCACAAGCGGAAGAUGCUGCAGAGUGAGGUGCAUCGGCUGAAGGAGCUGCUGCGGGCAGAGCCGCUGGAGGCCUGCACGCUGGCGGAGGAGCUGCACGGGCAAGGCCGGGCGCUCCACACCGUGCAGAAGGCCACACGGCAGCUGGAGGCAGAGUCCCGGAGGGAGACCACUGAGCAGGCCCUGAGGACUGAGGAGGAGCUCGCUGCCCUGCUGGAAGAGCUGUCCACCUGCCAGACCCAGGUGGGCGUCCGUUCCCAGACCAUUGCAGAGCUCCAGGGAGGCCUGAAAGCGGCUGAGCAGGAGCAGAGGCAGGUGAAAGAGCAGUUCACCAGGGAGGAGGCCGAGCUGAGCAGCCUGUGGAGGAGGCUCCGCCACCAGCAGGAGGAGCUGAGCAGCCUGCAAGCCUCUUGUGCCGAGCAGGAGGCGAGGAUGGUGGAGCAGACGCGCCUCAUCCGUCAGCUCCAGCAGGAGAAGGAGACCUCCCUCGGCCAGGAGCGGAGCAAGGGGGCCGGCCUGGAGGAGGAGCUGCAGGGGGAGCCAGGCGGCAGCCAGGAAGCCAGGCAGCAGCUGCACCUCAAGCUCCAGAGUCUGCAGCAGGAGCUGGAUGCCUGCAAGGGCCGCAACCAGGAGAACCUCAGCAAGCUGCAAGCGCGCCAGUGCACCGUGGAGGAGCAGAGCCUGGACCUGGACCUGCUGCUGCAGCGGUGCCAGCUCCUCAAGGAGCAGCUCUUCUACUACGAGGAGGUGAUCCAGAAGCAGGACCUGGAACUGUCUCGCCAGCAGGCGCAGCAGCGGUGCACCCAGGAGCAGCUGGCCCAGGCCGAGAGCAGCCUCGGCCUCUACAGGCAGAAGUUCCUGGCCUCGCUGGACAGAGCCGGGCAGCUGGAGGAGCAGCUGCAGCACUUGGAGACUGAGGUGGCCAGCCAGGCUCAGCGGAGGGAGGAGGCGCUGCUGCAGCUGCACACGGAGCAGCUGGCCCUGCAGGAGGCGCUGAAGAGCCAGUGCCUGCAAGCCAGCCGGGCCCAGGGGGCCCUCGAGCAGCUGACGCAGGAGCUGAGGGGCGCCCAGGAGGAGCUGGCCCACAGCCGGCAGCUGGCCUGCCCCUGCCAGGAGACCAGCCAGGGGCUGCAGGAGCAGCUGGCGGCCAGCCGCGCCAAGCUCCUGGGUCAGGAGGAGGCCCUGGCCGUGCUGCACGAGGACUUGGCUUCCUACAAGGCGACUCACAGCUGCCCCAACAGCACCUACGAGAGCCAGCGGGCCGACACAGAAGCCCUCCGGCAGAAGCUGCUGCAAGCAGAGGGGGAGAGCGCAGAGCAUCAGCAGCGGGCCAAGGAGUACCAGGGCCUGGCGGAGGCCUUGAAGCUGGAGCUCUGGAGGGCGGCUGAGCAGAAGAGCAGCACCUUGCAAGACGUGGCGCGGCUGGAGCGGACCGUGCAGAGUCUGCGCCAGGAGGCAGCGGCCGAGAGGGAGAGGCAGCAGCUGGCCGGGGCCGAGGGGCGGCGGCAGCUCCAGCAGCUGGAGGCGGAGCUCCGGCAGAGCCGCAAGGAGAGUGCGCAGAGGCAGCAGGCCAUCCAGAAGCGGGAUGAGCUCCUGCACAAGUCCCGGGCAGAGAUGGUGCACGCCCGCGGUGCCCUGCAGGAGAAGGGCAAGGAGGCCGAGCAGCAGCGGGCGGAGGCCCUGCGCCUGGAGGCCGGCCUGCAGGAGGCGCAGCGGGAGCUGGAGCGCAGCAGGGCGGAAUGCGCCUCCCUGCACACCGAGGCGCAGGGGCUGCGGCAGAGCCUGCACGAGAGCCAGCAGCAGGCCGCCCGGGAACUGGCACGGCAGGAGGAGCAGCUCCUGCUGGCCCAGAGCAGCCUGCACGGUGCCCAGGAGCAGCUGAGCCAGCGGCUGGCAGAGCUCACCCACCAUGCCCAGGCUGGCCGCCGGCUGGAGACGGAGCUUCAGGUCCUCCAGGAACGGCUGGCUGGAGCCGGAGCCGAGCUGGAGCAGAAGAGAGACCAGCUGGAGCAGCUGGCGGAAGAGCUGAGCCAGGCCAGGCAGCAGCAGCAGGUGGCCAAGGAGGAGGCCCAGCACCAGCGGCAGGUGGCGGCCCAGCUGGAGCGGGACCUGGAGGAGAGCCGGGUGGGGCUGCGGGGCCUGCAGAAGCAGCUGCAGAGCCAGGAAUCCACGCUGGAGGUGCUACGGGCGGAUCUGAGCCAACGGGAGGAAGCCCUGCAGGGAGAGCUGCAGGCAGCCCAGCAGCAGGAGAGCCGGCUGGCCCAGGAGCGCCACGACCUGCAGCGGCAGCUCCAGAGGGCUCAGCAACGGCUGCAGCAGGAGGAACGGACCGGCCGGAGCCUGCAAGCCAGCGCCUGCCAGCGGGAGGCGGAGAGCCGGGCCCUGCGGGAGCAGCUCCAGCAGCAGGCCGCCCAGUUGGAGCAGGCCCAGCUGCAGCUGCAGCAGCAGACGGCCGAGGUCUUGCGGCAGGAGGCCACCCUGGCCCAGCUGCACACCGAGCUGCACAGCCUGCAGGAGCGGGAGCGGCAGCGCAGCCGUUCUCUGGCAGCAGCCCAAGGCCUCGCCCAGGAGCUCCAGCUGCAGGCCGCUGCCUGCCAGGCCAGCCAGAGGCAGGCGGCGGAGCAGCUGGAAGAGAGAGCCCAGGAGGCCUCCUGCCUGCAGGCCGAACUCCAGCAGGGCCAGCACAAGGCUGCCCACUUGCAGGAAGAGCUGGCCGCCAGCCACGCCCAGGCGGCCCAGCUGAAGAGCCAGCUCAGCGCCCUGCAGCGGGCCCAGGAGCAGCAGGCCUGCGCCUCGGAGGAGAGGCUGGACGGACUGAGCGGCCAGGUGCGGCACUGGCAGGGGGAGCAGCGGGCGGCCAAGCUGGCCCUGGCGGCCAAGGACGAGGAGCUCGUGGUCGUCAAGGUGGAGCUGGCCUCGCUGGAGGAGAAGUACCACCGCGCCCGGGAGGAGAACGAGGAGCUGCAGAGCGAGGUCAACCUCUUGCGGCAGAAAUUUGUGGUCUCCAGCCGGGAGGUGGAAUCCCUGCAGACCUCCUUGGAGGCAGCCCGUUCAGACAGCCACCGCUUGAACCACGAGAGCGAGCUGGUGGUGGCCAACGUCAGCCAGUGGGUGAAGGAGCAGAAGCUGGUGAACGAGAAGCUGGGCCACAAGAUCCGCAGCCAAGUCAAGCAGCUUGCACAGCUCACGGGCGAGAGAGACCACCUGCAGGGCCUGGUGGAGAAGCUCCAGCGAGAGAAGCGGUGCUUGCAGAGCGAAGUGGGCGAGCGGCGCCUGGAGUGUGAGCGCCUCAAGGCUCGCCACAGCAGCGAAUGGGACCCCCGUGCUGUCCGGCAACAGCCUUGGCCCCUGCUCCAGGGAGAAGAUCCUCCUUGCGCAACAGAGAGACGAGGCAAAGCACUGGCUGCCAAGUGGAACCUCUCCUAGCCCCUCUGUGGCCAAGGGCAACCUGUACGCCUCCCUCCAAAUGCUGGGUGCAGCAGAAGGCACAGCCUGGCGCCCGCCGGGCCCACAGCUCCAGCGUGUUUUGGGGCAGGGACCUGCUGAUCCCGUGCAAUCAUGUGCCUUGGAAGAGGAAGACACAGCAUGGACUUGUGUAGACUUUACGCCAAUAAACGGAGAAGGGGCUCCGCCUCCUCUUCUCCCAAGCAGC